AUGGAGGUGAAAGGAGUGAAGCUUAAGGUCCUUGGGAGGGGAGCAUAUGGUGUGGUACAUUUGGUGGAAACGACUUCUCCUUGUUCUGGGCUGUUUGCUGUAAAAUCUGCUCCUUUAACAAAGUCUUUUUCUCUUUCCAAGGAAUGGGAAAUAUUUAAAAAGUUUAUAGGUUGCCCAAAUAUUGUUCAAUGUUUUGGUGGUUUCACGAGUUUUGAACGAGAUGGGGGGUAUUUUUAUAACUUAUUUCUUGAAUAUGCAUCUGGAGGUAGUCUCUUGGAUUUGAUGAACAAGUAUGGGGGCAAAAUACCCGAAUGUGAUGUGAAGGAUUAUGCAAGAAUGAUUCUUGAAGGGCUUGUUGACAUUCACAACAGAGGAUACAUCCAUUCUGAUCUUAAACCAGAAAAUAUUUUGGUUUUUCCAUCUCAGACCGGUUCUGAUUUGAAUACUUUAAAGAUUGCGGAUUUCGGGUUAGCUAGACAAUGUGGGGAAAAAAGAUAUUCCACAACUUUGGGAAUAUGGUUUUCGAGGUACAGCAGAUUAUAUGUCACCAGAAUCUGUGAUGGGAGAAAUCAGUGGUGCAUUGGAUAUAUGGUCACUCGGUUGCAUUAUUGUUGA